AGCGUUUUGCUUAGCGUGCCCGUCAGCCCGUGGCGUGUCCUUACUCAUGGCUGUGCGUGUGUUUCGAUAUGUGGAUUCUCCCACGCCCAUGGCAGAUACCCGGGAACUUCACUUCUUCUACGGCGAAGCAGACAAGCUCCAGACGGGCACAAAGAGCAGAUUCGCGGCCACACUUAGCAGGCGCCUGGCAAAUACGGCGCCUGAACCUGUGAAGGUCACUGUCGUGGGCCCCGGCGCCGGCAUUGCCGCCAACGCAGAGGCCUGGAUGAACCUGAAGCAAGACCCUCGCCUCACCUUGUCCUCCUUCGGCCAGUCAAGGAUGCCCUAUGACCGCUACCCGUUGGGCUGGCCCAACGGAGCGCCGGGCCCCAACCUCGAGACCUUCGCAGAGGAGCUGUUGGCCGCCGGCGUGGUGGAGCAAACCGAGUGCUUCAUCUUGGGCUCGCGGGGCGGGCAGAUCGUUUUGCCCUACCUCUGGGAGAUGAAGGGCGACGCCGUGCCGCCUGCAGUGGUCAUCAACGGAGGCCCCGCCCUGGACAUGCCGAGGCCGGCCAAGUGGCCGAGCUCCGCGGUGACGCUUCUCAUCAUGGGCGGUCAGGACUACUUCAGGAACCCCAACGUGCCACCAGCCAAGUGGAUCAGCAACGCUCGGAAAAGAGUUCCGGCCAACAACAAGCACACGGCCCUGCUGUAUUUGCCGGAGAUGGGGCAUAUGCCACCGCCCCAAGUGCUGCAAUGCGUGAUCUGCGACGCCGUGCUCGCGCUGGGCAUGUGGCGUUCCAACCCCUCCCAGUGCCUUAGGAUCUUCCAGGCCAUUCUUCAGAAGCUCCACAAGAGUGGCAUCGCAGCCAGUUUUUCCUACACCUCGGCGAAGGGCUGGGCCGAGAUCUCCAGCGAGGAGCCGCUUUCGCCCAGGCUAGAGCCUCGGCGACAUGCCGUUAGCCUGCGCUUGCCCCGAGAGCUGUCGCCCCGAGGCGUGCCCUCGCUAUCUUCGGUGUCAACGUCUGCUGGAAGCUCCCCGAUCUCCGCCUCGGUGUCGCCGGUCUUCUUUCCACCGAGCCGAACGCCCAUCAUGGUCCCCUCGGGCAGCAUGAUCUUGCCCACGGGGAACGGACUGAUGCGGCCCGUCACGGUACGGUAGCGGCCGCAAAUUGCGCAGAAGCGCCAUGGGAAGGCGGAGAGCCGGAUUUCCCACCUGACAAUGAGAUUUCAACUCGAUUUCAAUGCUCGAACUGCGCCCGCGCAGUCUUGCUGAAUCAACGCACAGACGGAGAAGUCGGGACGCUACUGCCUUGCCCUCCAAGGGGAAGCAGAUUAACGUGGAACCCAAA